AUGGCUUCUUUCCACUCUCGAUCAAAUAGUUUUCCAUCUCAAUCUCAUUCAGUAAUGAAAAGUGUUGAAGAUCAUCUAUGCAGGUUAAAGUCAUCAGAAUCCGCAUCAACAUCAGCCACUUCUAUAUGCAUGAACUUGGCUAGCCUCAGAGAUUUCCAUGAAGGCAUCAAUAAUCUGAUUCAGAUGCCUUCAAUCCAACAAGCCCUUUCACAGGGACAAGGUGAAAAUUGGGUAAAUGAGUUGCUCGAGGAAUCUCUGAGGCUCGUGGAUCUCUGUGGAUUUUCAAGAGAUGUGGUUUGUUCAACCAAGGGAUCCAUUCAAGAUCUUGAAUCCUCCAUUAGAAGAAAUAGAGGUGAAAAGGCCACAGGAGACGACGUUAAUACUUAUGUGGCCUCAAGAAAGAAGAUCAACAAGAUGGUCACUAAGUGCAUCAAGAAUUUGAAGAGCUCAAACCAGAGUUCGAUACCACUCCCAGCAAUUGGUGCUAUGCUAAAAGAAAUAGAGGCCCUUGAUUUCUCAGUCCUAAAAUCUGUAUUGAUGCUCUUGUUCGGGGAGAAGGAAGGAUCAAAGCAAAGAAGUUGGUCGUUGAUUUCCAAGUUUGCUCAAACCAAACGAGUACAUUCUGAGGUAGAGCAAGAAACUGCUGCUGAGGCCUUGUGCUCCUUGAACAUCCACAGGUCCAGAAAAGGGAUGGACAAUAUUACAUUGAAGCAGUUGAAAUCAGCAGAAAUGAGCAUCCAGGAACUUGAUGAGGGAUUGGAAGCCUUAUUUAGGAGUUUAGUGAAAACUAGAGUUUCUCUUCUUAAUGUUCUCAGCCACUAG